GGAGCGAUGCCCGAGUGCCCGGAGCUGCACCUGGCUGGGCGGUACAUCAACGAGGCGUGCGGCGGGCUGGUGUUCUCGGGCGCCAUAGAGCGCUCGGCGGUGGGCAGGGGCCCGGAGGUGCCUUUUUCCGGCGAGGCCUACCGCGUCACCGCCACCUCCCGGGGCAAGGAGCUGCGGCUGACGCUGACACCACUGGGCCCCGGCGAGCCCCUGCACCUCGUGUUCCGCUUCGGCAUGUCGGGAUCGUUCCGGUUAUGCCCCGCCGCCGAGCUUCCCCGCCAUGCCCACCUCCGCUUCCUCACCGGCGAGAGCCCGCCCCGUGCCCUCUGCUUCGUCGAUGCUCGCCGCUUCGGGUCGUGGCGGCUGGGUGACGCCUGGCAGCCGGACCGCGGACCCUGCGUACUCACCGAGUACCAGGCCUUCAGGGAGAACGUGCUGAAGAACCUGGAGGAUAAGGCUUUUGACAAGCCCAUCUGCGAAGCCCUCUUAAACCAGAAGUUUUUUAAUGGAAUUGGGAAUUACCUCCGUGCUGAGAUCCUGUACAGGUUGAAGAUCCCUCCCUUUGAAAAGGCUCGGACUGUGCUGGAGGCCCUGAAGGAUCAGGAGCAGGAGAGGAGGAAGAAGAAUUCUUCCCUGACACUGAGCAAGAAGCUGAAGCUGAUGAGGGAGAACCCAGAUCUCCUGGAGCUGUGCCACACAGUGCCCAUGGAGGUCGUUGCAGCAGAGAAGAACCUCUUCGACCCAGAUAACGCUGAGAACUACGCAGCCUUCAAGAGCUGGCUGCAGUGUUACUUGGUGCCUGGCAUGAGCUGCCUGCGGGACCGCAAUGGCAGGACCGUGUGGUUCCAGGGAGAGCCUGGCCCCAUGGUUCCCAAAGGGCAGAAGCCUCACAAGAAGCAUGCUCAGCUGGAGGCAGAUCCCCAGGCCCUGACCCCCAAGGUCACCAGACGCACCUCAAAAGGGCACCCCAGGGCUGCAGCAAAACCCCCAAAGCCGCAGGAGCAGGAGGCUGAUGGGCUGAGGAAGGGACGUGUUCGUGGGAGGAGGAAAGCAACUGCUGCUGUGGUCUUUUCUGAGCCUCAGGCCAAAAGGAGGCUCCGGGCAUCCACACGCAGGAGCAGAGGUGCAGUUCCUGCUGUCUGAGUGCUGAGCACCCAGGGUAACAGCUCAGGAGGGCCUGGCCUGGGGCCUGGGUUA